UCGAGAUAGUUGCAACCACAAAUUAUACACAAAUGAUUGUUUCUACUUAAAUAAUAUGUUCAUGAUGAGGAAGUAUUUGAACGAAUAAUACCGGGCGAAAGUUUUCGCGUUUGGAGACUAUACUUCAAUGUAUAUAUCUUUUAUUCGAAAUAAAAUCGUAUAGAGUGAAUCUCGGGGAAAAAGCUUUUUUUUAUAUAUUCUCGAUAGAUGAUAAUAAUAUUCAUCGAAUUUGGAUAUAGUUGCUCGCAUUUGAAAUCUGACACAUUACAGAAUGAAGAAAAUAGAAAAGUUAAGUUAUUCGAGUUGCAUGAACGUUGAUUGGUACACUAUUAAAUGGGAAAAGUAUUCCCUUGAGGCGUCACGAUAGAUGCUUGUAGUCGUCAACGGUGGUCCUAAGUAAUGGUGCCAAUGGUGGCAAUGCUGCUGGUAGUGGUGAUGGUGCUGAUAGUGGUGAUGGUGCUUAUAGUGGGGAUGAAUAUUUAAAAAGACAAGCAACGACACAUAAUCAAACAUCGGUUGCAUUUCACUUGGAUUCUGCUAUUACUUUUCAUCAAGUGCAAAAAAAAGGAUCAAAUACCUCACAAUAAGCCUAGGAUGAAUCUUCUUCCAAGAAAGAAAAUAUAGAAACGAUCAAGAGAAGGAAAAUCUCAAAUUUGUCGUCUAUUUCCUCUUUGAUUUUUUUUUUCUUUUUCCUUUUUCUUAUUUCCAGGUACCACUUAAUAUUGUUCAGCAAUCUUUCGAUGAAUCCAACAUAAAAACUGAAGUGGUUUCUCCGAAAAAAGAAAAAAAGUAGUGUGCUCUCAUAAACUCAAGUUGUCGACGAGUAUCAUCCUAUCGAUAAAAGUGAACAAAAUAAGAAACGAAAAUGGCACAUACAGGGUUCCUGUUGCUCGCAUAUCUCACACCCUUUUCUAUCUUUCUUAAUUAUGGUUCGGCAAAUGAAAUGAAACAAUUCAAAAUAAGUACGAUGCCAGUUUAUGCUAUGUUGUCAAACGCAGAUCUAUUAAAUUCGACCCAAUGCGGCAAAGAACUGAAGGAUUUUCGAGAAGCAAUUGAUCAAAAACUACUGUGGGGUCUAAAAGUAAUCGAUGCAAGCGGUAAGCCAAUGUCAGGAUUUAUUUAUGGAAAUAAUUAUUGGUUGGGUAGUAGAAGCCAAUGCGAAGAUGCAAACAACAAAAAUCCCUUCCUGUUAUCGAAAACAGAAUUACGAAACAAUUCGAGAUAUCGUCGCAUCGAGGAUGAAUUUCCACCUUACAAAGUGAAAUAUUUUGUCGCUAAUUUUCGACACAAUAGCACUUUACAAUACCACGUCGUAUUACCCGCAGAAGAUAUGAUGAUACUCGGCAUGUGUUUACCCGCUUCAUGUUUAAAGGAUCAACUUUCAAUUCUUCUCCAAACCAUAUUCAGGAAUAGAACUCUUUUAAUAGGUCAACUAUAUUCAGCCGAUUUUACAUUAGUUGAAGUCAAAGAUUUAAUCAAUGAUAAUCGAUGGCUAUUGAAUGAAACAUUUAUUACAAUGACUAUAUUAGUGCUACUCACGUUCCUAUUAAUGAUAAUAGGAACGGCCUAUGACGUUCUAAUAUAUCAAAGACGUUUGAAGAAAUAUUACAAAUAUUUUCAAGCUUCUACAAAUAUUAAUUCUCUAACGAUUGAAGAAACGUUAAACGAGGAUGUAGAAAAAAAUAGGAUGGAAGAAUUGAAAUCUCAGAAUUUUCUUUGUAGGGUAUUCCAAGCUUUUUCCGUAUACUCCAAUUCGAAAAUAAUAUUUAAUUAUAAAACUGGAGAAAAUUCUUUACCGAUUGUACACGGAUUAAGAUUCCUUACGAUGGGAUGGAUUAUUAUGGCACAUACUCCUCUUUAUACGAAAGAUUAUUAUGACAAUAAGCCGAUAGGUUGGAGACUGUCGGAGGGUUUCUUUGCCCAAUUGUUAACCAACGCGUCCACCUCGGUUGAUACUUUUUUUUUUCUCAGUGGACUUUUGGUUGCUUACACGUAUCUAAAGAAUACAAUAGGCAAAGAUAAAUAUAAAUCUUACAAUUAUCUAAAUACAAUAAAAUCAUAUUUUCUGAUUAUCCUGAAAAGAUUUCUCAGACUGACACCGACUUACAUGAUAAUAAUAGGAUUAUUGGAAAUAAAUUCGAUGUGGUACAGUAAAACUUCCUUGUUCUACAUGACCGAACGUCCACACGAAACUUGUCGAAAAUAUUGGUGGAGAAAUCUUCUUUAUAUUCAGAAUCUUUUUAACAGCCAAGAAAUGUGUAUGAGUUGGAGUUGGUACUUGGCGGACGAUAUGCAAUUCUUUGUGAUUAUUUCUUUCCUUUUAUUAUUAUCUUCCAUGUACUUCAAAGUAGCAGCCAGUUUAUUCAGUUUAUUGUUUAUCUCAUCGAUCAUCCUAACAGGCUAUAUAACCUACAUUAAUGAUUAUAUUCCUACAUUGGACAAACAAUAUAAUUUCUUGGACAAGAUAUACAUUCCUCCAUGGAUUAGAAUAGGACCUUAUCUUGUGGGAGUGAUCACUGGGUAUAUACUUGUCAAAUUAAAGAACAAAUUAAUUUUUGGAAAGAAAACAUUAAUAUUCUUCUGGAUAGUCAGCAGUUCUUGCAGCUUAUUAGCACUCUUUGGAAUAUAUCGGAGAAGGGUAUCAAUCUUAGCUUCUGUGUUUUACAUUGCACUUGGUAAAAUUGCUUGGGCAAUUGGCAUCGCAUGGAUCGUAAUAGCCUGUUGUACAAAUAACGGAGGUAUAUUGAAUCGUAUUCUUUCGUUCAAAGUUUGGAUCCCAUUAAGUAGAUUGACUUACAUAGUCUAUUUGAUAAAUCCAAUUCUUAUAACUUCUAUACAAUCAUUCAGUGAAACUCCCAGUCACAUUGAUUUUCUACAAAACGUUUGUAUCCUUUUUUAUUUUUAUUAUACCGAUAAAUUAAUAUUGAAUGUAAUUAACUAUAAUCAUUUUUUUUUGUUUCAUUUCUCAGGGAUUGUCAUUUCUAGGAUAUAUCAUGGUAAAUUUCAUAUGUUCUUAUUUAUUAUCGUUGAUGUUCGAAACACCUUACUUGCUUUUGGUAAAGGAAGGGAUGAAAUACUUGAAUAUAAAAACAUAAUUCCUUUUUCCCCUUUUUAUGGAAUAUUUUUGUUGACAACAAUGACAUAGCAACUAUUCUUCUUCGAUGUUUUAAUUAAUUUAUUGAAAAAUGUAUACGUUCUUUGUGUUUAUUUGUUUGUU